UGACCACACACCUCUCUCUACCUGGGGACAGAGAGAAAAGCACAUGCCAAAUCUUUAUGUCAUUAAGCCCCACAUCAUUUGGAUGAUACAAAGUUGACUCCUACGGUUAAAAGUUGAGAUCAAACCACUACUUUUUCCUCCAAUAUAAAGGGUCAAGAAUCAUUGGUUGGAUCACAGCAAGCUUCUUGUACUGAGAUCUUAAGUGUUUGUGAACAUUCUGAAGCAUUCCUUUCAUUGCUUACAACCAAAGAAAGGUGGUAUAGAUGGAACUACAGAGCGGAAAAUCGAAAUUUACCAAGAAAUUACACCCAAAAUAUGCUAUUGGUAUUCCAAUCAACUCAGGAGCAUACACCAUGGACAGAUCUUUAGGGCUUUUAUGUGAUCCUGCUAGCCAAUAUAGUGUUACCCCUUCUCCUUCCAAUGAUUACUUCAAAAUCAGACAUCGUUUUCUUGGAAAUGCAGGUAAAGCAGAUUCAGUAAUUCCUAGGAUGGAUAAACUAGGAGAAUGGAUGGAAAAUUUUACACAGGGAAUCCGUGAGCACGUGAAACUAGGAACCAAAUUAUCCGAAACUUUAAAAGGGAAAUUGAGGCUAGGGGCAAGAAUCCUUCAGGUAGGCGGUGUGGAAAAGGUUUUCAAGCAGAACUUCAAUGUUUCCAAUGGUGAAAAGCUGUUAAAGGCUUCUCAAUGCUAUUUAUCGACGACAGCUGGGCCGAUAGCAGGCCUCCUGUUUAUUUCCACUGAUAAAGUUGCCUUCUGCAGUGAGAGGUCGAUUAAACUCUCUUCGCCAUCCGCAAAAUUGCUUAAAAUACAUUACAAGGUCAAAAUCCCUCUAGGCAAAAUAAAGAAAGCCAAUGAAAGUGAAAAUGCAAAGAAACCGAAGCAAAAGUAUGUGCAAAUAGUUACCGAGGACAAUUUCGAGUUCUGGUUCAUGGGUUUCCUAAAUCAUCAAAAAGCAUUCAAAUAUCUGCAGCAGGCAGCUCUCAAGCUCCAUCGGUAGCUAUAUAAGAUGCAUGGAUGAGCAUAUACACUAUACAAUUUUGUAACUAUAAACAGUAUGUGUGUGCCCCGGCAUAGACUAGUUCUGAGCAUAUGUAAAAAUUAGCUAAACAUACCGCGAAAAUCGAAAGACAGUUCCGGAACGAUGGAUUCUGUGUUGAAUUGUCUCUAAUUUUUUUAGCUGCAGGACAUUUUAUGUAUAAAACAGUUUUCUAACUAUUUCUCUUACACUUA